AUGUUCCAUUGGAAGGAAGACACCAAUCCUGCGACAGGUCGCUGUGCGGACUGUAAAAGCAAGGCAAUCCAAAAUCCCAUGACAGAGGCAGACUUCGUGCUGGCGAAGCAGGCGGAGGAGGCUGAAAAGGCAACAAAUAAGUCGAAGGAAGAGGCGAGGGCGAGGAACAAGGGGAAGGCAGCGGCGUACAAGGCUACCGCUCCUGUUAAGAAGCCUACUGCUCCUGCUAAGAAGGCUGCUGCUCCUGUUAAGAAGACUCCUCGGUUCAUCCCAUCGCAGGAAGCUGUAGAUAGAGCUAGGGCGACUGCUAAGAAGACUCCGAAAAAGACGAGGGGAGCUGUGGAGAAGGCUCCGAAGAAGACUACUCAAGCCGCUAUGAAGGCUGAUCAGGCGAUAUUGAUGAGCGCGUUUAAUCAUCAUCAGAAAUAG